AUGAAAGCAGAAGGUUGCGAUUCAUCCAUGCCCCAAGCAUCUCCUAGCGAGGAUGCCGCAGCAAUGACUGAAGUGAAGGUGAAGACGGAAGUCCCAGAUGACUAUAUUCAGGAGGUGGUCUGGCAGGAUGACCCAAAAGAACCGAAGAAGAAAGGUGGUGGGGUAGCCGAGGUGCCUGCAGAAAUUUGUGUGGUGAUUGGUGGGGUCCGCAACCAGCAGACUCUCGGGUCCUAUGAGUGCGGAAUAUGCGGAAAGAAAUAUAAGUACUACAAUUGUUUCCAGACCCACGUUCGAGCGCACAGAGACACAGAAGCAGCAUCAGGCGAAGGAGCCUCCCCUGGGAAUAACUUUAGGUACACGUGUGACAUUUGUGGGAAGAAGUACAAAUACUACAGUUGCUUCCAAGAGCACAGAGACCUGCAUGCAGUGGAUGACCCCUACGACCAAGCAAUGAUUGCCAAGGAGGAGGUGAAAGAAGAGGAGCCCGAGCCCUUUCAGAAGAUUGGUCCAAGUAUGAUUUACCGAGUUUGCAACUGAAAAACAGGCAACUAUACCUGCGAAUUCUGUGGCAAGCAGUACAAGUACUACACACCAUACCAGGAACACGUGGCCCUUCACGCACCAAUCAAGUACUCUCGAUCUCCACUCUUCGUGGCUGUGAAGACCCAGGCGAGCCAAUCGGGCAAAAAAACACCGACGGCGCCCAUAAUCCGGUGCUCCACCCUCCUCCACCGCACUCCCUCCGGUAUCCCACCGGCAGCAUCCCAGUCACAGACGUUCCGCGCUCCAAAUUCUGGAUCCCCAGGAAGCAAGGCCACCACAGAAAGCGCUUUCAGUCGAAGAGUGGAAAGCAAACUGCAAAACAACUUUGAAGAAACUAACAGCAGCUCCCAGAACUCCAGUGAAACCGCCAGUCCUCUGGUUUCAAAUCCUUUACCGCUUUUGCAAAAGCCAUACACCUGUGGUGCCUGUGGCAUUCAGUUCCAGUUCUACAACAAUCUCCUUGAGCACAUGCAGUCUCACGCAGCUGACAAUGAAAACAACCAGCCCAGGUCACCUCCAGCUCUGGUGGAAGAGAAAUGGAAGCCGCAGCCACAGAGGAACAACUCCAACAACACGACAGCUGGUAGCUCCCUCCUGAACAGCCCCAUCCCCGAGAAGGAGCGACAGAACAUAGCAGAGAGGCUGCUGAGGGUGAUGUGCGCUGAUCUGGGGACACUGAGUGUGGUGAGCGGCAAAGAGUUUGUUAAACUGGCACAAAGUCUGGUUGACAACGGUGCUCGCUAUGGCGCCUUCUCUGUUACGGAGAUCCUUGGCAACUUCAACACGCUAGCCCUCAAGCACUUGCCCCGGAUGUACAACCAGGUGAAAGUGAAGGUCACCUGUGCUCUUGGCAGCAAUGCCUGCUUGGGCAUUGGCGUCACCUGUCACUCGCAGAGCGUUGGCCCCGAUUCCUGCUACAUUCUGACUGCGUACCAGGCAGAAGGCAGCUGCAUCAAGAGUUACGUCCUGGGGAUCAAAGGGGUGGACAUUCGCGAUAACGGGGACUUAGUCCACCACUGGGUGCAAAACGUGCUUUCCGAGUUUGUUAUGUCUGAGAUCCGGACCGUGUACGUCACAGACUGCAAGGUGAAUUCCUCUGCAUUUUCCAAGGCGGGCAUGUGUUUGCGUUGCUCUGCGUGUGCCUUGACCUCCGUGGUGCAGAGCGUGCUUAACAAGCGCACCCUCCAAGCACGCAACAUGCACGAGGUCAUUGAGCUGCUGAAUGUCUGCGAGGACCUGGCGGGCUCUGCAGGGAUCUCCAAAGAGACCUUUGGCUCCCUGGAGGAGACCUCUCCUCCCCCCUGCUGGAACUCCAUUACGGACUCUCUGCUGCUUGUCCACGAACGCUACGAGCAGAUCUGCGAGUUUUAUAGCCGGGCCAAGAAGCUAAACCUUAUCCAGAACCUCAACAAGCACCUGCUGAGCAACCUAGCAGCCAUCCUGGCUCCGGUGAAACAUGCCGUGAUUGAACUGAGCAACGAGAGCCGGCCCACGUUGCAGCUGGUGCUGCCUACCUACGUGAAACUGGAGAAACUCUUCACCUCAAAGGCCAACGACGCAGGCAUUGUCAGCAAGCUGUGCCAUCUUUUCCUGGAAGCCCUGAAGGAGAACUUCAAGGUGCACUCGGCACACAAGGUGGCCAUGAUUCUGGACCCUCAGCAGAAACUGCGCCCAGUCCCCCCUUACCAGCACGAGGAGAUCGUCGGCAAGGUGUGUGAACUGAUCCACGAGGUGAAGGAAUCCUGGGCCGAGGAGCCCGAUUUCGAGCCUGCCUCCAAAAAGUCUCGGACCUCGAGUGAGAAUUCUCCGACUCGGGAGGAAGACCGGUCGGGCAAAAGCGAGGUCUAUGACUACUUGCAAGAGCCCCUUUUCCAGGCGGCCCCUGACCUCUUCCAGUACUGGUCCUGUGUGACGCAGAAGCAUACCAAGCUGGCCAGGCUGGCCUUCUGGCUCCUGGCAGUGCCCGCUGUGGGGGCCAGAAGCAACUGCGUCAACAUGUGUGAACAAGCCCUCCUGAUAAAGAGGCGGCGACUGCUGAGUCCUGAGGAUAUGAACAAGCUCAUGUUCUUGAAGUCCAACAUGCUUUAAAACGAGGAGGGGGGGUC